ACCCGUAGACCCUGGGCAUCCACGCUGGGACGAGCACAGACACACACACACCUUCUGUCCCCAGCCCUCUCCCUCACCCGCCCUGCCCAGCACCCCCAGGGGCGCGCACCUGGCGGCCUCCCGGCAAGGACACACCCCGGGGGGAGGAGCUGCAGUCGCGGUGGGGCCCAGCCCACACCGGCUGCGAGCUCGCUUUCCGCUUCUCCGCCGGCCCCGGUGGAUCGACAUGGCCCAGGAGUGUCCCAGCCUCGCCCUGGAGCCCCAGCACGUCCAGCGGUUGCUGCUGUCCUGCCAAGAGGCCAAGAAGUCCGCCUACUGCCCCUACAGCCGCUUCCCCGUGGGGGCCGCUCUCCUCACCGGGGACGGCAGGAUCUUCUCGGGGUGCAACAUAGAGAAUGCCUGCUACCCGCUGAGCGUCUGUGCUGAACGAACUGCCAUCCAGAAGGCCAUCUCGGAAGGGUACAAAGAGUUCAGGGCAAUCGCUAUUGCCAGUGACUUGCAAGAGGAUUUUAUCUCACCCUGCGGGGCUUGCAGACAGGUCAUGAGAGAGUUUGGCACCGACUGGGCUGUCUACAUGACCAAGCUGGACGGCACGUAUGUUGUCAGGACAGUCCGGGAACUGCUGCCUGAAUCUUUUGGGCCCGAGGACCUGCAGAAGAUCCAGUGAGGGAUGGAGAGCACCCUCUGCCCGGGAGCCCCUGCCUUCCUACACGGGCUAAAGGGAACGACCACCUGGAGGACUUCAUGAAGACAUUCUCACAGACCUGGGGACAUCUGCCAAACAGGCCCCAACCCCCAGGCACUGGGAGGAGACUAUUUUUGCAAUUACCACUGGGGUACCAGGUUUCUACUGAAGUGAUACAGUGUUUCCAUUCCAGCCCCUCCUUGCAACCCGACUUGUCCUCCCUGGAACUCAGGGCACCCCGUCCCUCUCUUUCCUUCCCGUGGGCCCUCUUUCAAAUUCCAACCUAGUCUGGACUGCUUCGCCAUCUGCCUUCCCAAGGUUCUGUCCUGCUCUGGGUGACUUUUCUAAUGAUAAACAUCACAAAACAUUCCAGAGAGGCAUUUAGCUCCAUCUCAAUCCUUGCUGUAGCUCUCAGGAGGGGAAGUCUUUAUAUUAAAUAGAAAGACCUGGACUCUUUCUGCCAGGAAAAGAAUCAGGCACCUUGGAUCUGUGUAGCUGGUGUGGAGAGCUGAGUCUCUAGGUCUCUUGUUCGUGCCUUCUUCCGAUGGGGGGCCGCUGGGCUGGGUCUUACUGCGAACGGCCGUUUCUAGAAUCUGUUCUGGGCUAAGUCAGGCCUCGGCCCUGCAUGCUCUCAGCCCCCAAGCAUAAAGGGGGCGGACGGGGCUGUUUGUCUAGAUGGCAGAGCAAGCAUCUCUAUGAGGACCUACUGUGUGUCCAGUGUUUUUACCUGGAUUAUUUUGUAUUUAAAGUACUCAGUAAAGUAACUAUCUCCCCCUUCUUACAGUUGGGGGCCCUGGGCCUCAGAGGUUGCAUAACUUGCUUUAGGACCACAGCAAAGUUUAAACCAAAAUCCAGGUCCCAUCACUUCCCCCUUGUAAGGUAUAGUUCGGGCCGAGGCAGAAAAGGAAAGAUGACCUCAACGGAAGUAGGUUACCUUUAUUCAGGCAAGGAGGGGCGACAGUUGACCAGGCUGAGCCCCAAGACGGAUCAGGGAGGCUCCAUAUUUAUAGGGAGGUUUGUGGAAGCGAUAAGAGAAACGUUCAUCAGAUGGGAUGUUUUGGGUAUUCUUUAUUUGAGGUGGCAUUUGUAGUUGGGCAGGGGGUGAUAAGUCUUCUGGGCAGGUGUAGGGGUGGAAGGUUUCUGGACAGGGGGUGAUAAGUCCCAGAUAGAUAAAACUGGCCUGGAGCAUCAGGGCGGGACCUAAAGUUCUGUUUUGUUUUCUCCGAAGUUAGAUGAUUCAGCAAGGGCCUUUGAGACUGUUGUUUUCUUUUCUAGGCCCAAAGACUCCUUCACCCCCAGGAUCUAGAAACAGUGCCUGCUCUUUGCCAUGUGCUAUGAUGUAGCAGACCUGGAAUCUGAACCAGGUCUGAUUCUGAGUGUCUUUUUCUACUUUUCCCGCAGCUGAUGUCUGGCUGCUUUUAUUUACUGAGUCUUUUCUAUAUGCCAAAUACUGCAGAGAAAGAUGUAUAAGAAACAGUCUCUACCUUUGAGGAAUUUGCAGUCUGAUAGGGAGAGAGGUGUAAACAGGACUCACGCUCAGAAAUACACACUAUGAUCCAGGCUGGUAGCAAGUGCAGGGGGCAGCACGCUGCCUUCUGGGGAGUGAAGAGGGUCGGAGAGGGAGUCUGUUUCGUUGGUGCACUUAGGAAGGUGAGGCCUGAAAAGGGAAGGAGCUGGGCUGGCUCUGUAAAGGGGGCUGGCAGCUCUGGGUGUCCUCCCUGGAGGAACUGGCCUUGGGGCCAGCCUUUGUGGCUGGGGUAAGAAUACAGCAUGGGUUUCCUGUUUCACCCCUUCCCUGGGAGUCCUUUCUUUUGAGAUCAGAGUGUCUGCAGGGAUUACUGGUGCAUGCGUGCUAAGUCAUUUCCAUCGUGUCUGACUCUUUGUGACCCCAUGGACUGUAGCCCACCAGGCUCCUCUGUCCAUGGGAUUCUCCAGGCAAGAGUACUGGAGUGGGUUGCCAUGCCCACCUCCAGGGGAUCUUCCCAAUCCAGGGAUCGAACCCGUGUCUCUUACACCUGCCUAUGUUGGCAAGCUAGUUCUUUACCACUAGCGCCACCUAGGAAGCCCUACUGUCUGGUAAGACUGGCUUUUCCAUUACCCACCCAGACUUACCCGCUGCCAUCGUGAGAGACAGAAAAGUAAUAUUUCCAACAUUCUGCAUGAUGCAAGACUGCACCCUGCCUUUCUCUAGAAAUGGUUGCCGAGAACUUCAGCACACUCUUCUGAAUGUUCUCAACCGGGAGAAGUGAAGAAAGAAAAGAGAGGAAGCAGGAAGAAAACGGGCCAAGACAUUAACAUCAGUUAAAAUUCUGAUCAAUGGAAAUUUAGAGUAGUGGGUUAUUUUCCUUACUACAUAUCUAGAUUUUUAAAAUUCCCAACAUAUUUCUUUUUCAUUUAACAACAACAACAAAAAGAUGGUAUGGCAUAAUGGAGUUAAAGAGCAUCCAAACUGUGUGAUUUCAUUACUCUGAGUCUCAAUUUCCUCAUCUGUAAAUCAGCGGUGACGGCUCCCAGGGAACAGCAUUGUCUACGGAUCAAAGGAAAGAAUGCCUUAUUGAGAGCCCAGUGCUGGGCCCUAAGUAAGCUCUUGAUACAUGCCAGCUGUUCCUCUUAUGAAGGGUGACAAAUCUGGGUCCUUUGCAGGUGGACGUGAUUUUUGCAAACAGGCUUUUACACUCUUUUAAUAAUUUUUUAAUUGAGUUCCUACUGGGUUGGAGGGCUGGGGCCACACCCUGGGGUUGCAGCAGUAAAGACAGAUAAAAUCGCUGUCCUCGUGGGGCUCUGACUACCUGUGGGAAAGACAUCUAAGUCAGCGGUUCCCAACCUUUCAGGCACCAGGGACCGGUUUCGUGGGAGACAGUUCUUCCCUGGACCAGGGGGUAGGAGUGGUUUGGGGGCGGGCCAAGCCCACCACAUUCACUGUGUACUGUAUUUCUAUCGGGAGUUCCCAGAUGGCGCCGUGGUCAAGAAACUGCCUGCCAUUGCCAGGAGACGCAAGAGAUUCGGUUCAAUCCCUGGGUCGAGAAGAUCCCCUGGAGUAGAAAGUGGCAACCCACUCCAGUAUUCUUGCCUGGAAAAUCUCAUGGACAGAGGAGCUUGGUGGGCUACAGUUCAUGGGGUCAGAUACAACUGAGCACGCACGCACUGCACUUAUUUCUGUUAUUAUUACAUCAGUUUCACCUCAGAUCAUUAGGCGUUAGAUCCCUGAUCUAAAGGAUUCUAGGGACUUUCCUGGUGAUUCAGUGGUUAAGACUUUACCUUCCAAUGUAAGGGGUGCAAGUUCAGUCCUUGGUCGGGGAGCUGAGAUUCCCACAUGCCUUGCAGCCAAAAAAACCAAACCAUAAAAAAGAUACAAUAUUGUAACAAAUUCAAAAAAUACUUGAAAAAACGGUCCACAUUUUAAAAAAAUCUUUAAAAAAUAAAUGAUUCUGUCCAUCAUGACAAGGGCCACCCAAGGGGAAGUAAGUGCUCUGGGGGCAAGUCGCAGGGGAAAUGGAGCUAGCCUGAGAAUGGGCAGGGCAACCCAACCCUAAGGAGGAGAUAUUUCAGCCCGGGCACAAGAAAGGUCAGCUAGUUAAGGAGUGGGAUAGGAGGAGGGGCAAAGAAUGAAGACUGGAGGACUAAGCCUAGUGUUCUUCUGUGCGUGCGUGCAUGCUAAGUCGCUUCAGUCGUGUCUGACUCUUUGCAACCCCAUGGACUGUAGCCCAUCAGGCUCCUCUGUCCGUGGGAUUCUCCAGGCAAGAAUACUGGGGUGGGUUGCCAUGCCCUCCUUCAGCAGAUCUUCCUGACCCAGGGAGCAAACCCACAUCUCUUACAUCUGCAUCGGCAGGCAGGUUCUUUACCACUUCAUGGGAACAGACUGGGGAAGGCACUUUGCAAAGAAGGAUUCCAGAAAUUGUUCGAACAAUGUUCCCUUGGAAGAACGACACUCAUUUGGCUGCAGAGAGGCUGGGAUGUUUGUUUUAAAUAAAAGCACUUUCAUUUUGCAGUCCUGCUGUUCUGAGGGCUGUGAUUUCCGAGCA